AUGUCCUCGACUGAGCAUGUCUACAGUGAUACCCUCGGAAAUACCUCUGGCGCUCUGUACAGCCGGGUACCACUUACGAUUACAGCCUCAGAGUUCUUUGUAGAUGACCUUGCAGCAAAUAAUUCAUCUGGAGAAGACUGGGACGACCAUGGUUUCGAUCGAACCCGGGAUCAGCACCAUCAAGGGUGGGACGCAGAUUCAGAGCCUAGUGAUGAAGAUCCAGUGCCAGAACCCGAACUUAACCAAGACGAUAAUCCCGAGAAUGACGUUUGGCGAACAAUACCUCAGGACGAGUCACUAGUGGAUUCGGACGAGGAAGAAGAAAUACGUGCUCGUUGGGCAGAGACGGACCAAUCCCCUCUCCUUGCAUCUUCAGACACGAGCUCCUCAAACUCGAGUUUGCCUGAUUCUGACGGAGACUCUUCAAGCAUCGGAUACCCCGUGCCGCAUCCUUUACAAAUAACUACACCUCGGCAUUUGGGAUUUAGAACUGAAGAAAGAGCCCAGAUACGCAGACUUCCUGAUUUCUUUGACCCUCGACUUCUUCUGAGGCGAGUAACCAGCCUCAGUGAGAGCGCGUAUAUGAAUGCACGAGCUCGACUUGAAGACAUCCUUGAUGAUCGGGCUCUAGAGAGAGUCUGGCCAGAGUAUGUUGGUAAUAAUGUGUUUCGGUGGUACCAGCCUGUUCCCGUUGAGAUUAACACGGUUGAUGGAUCAUUCCAAGAGCGAGGUACUGACUAA